GCCGGGAUUUCAGCUGAACUUGGCAAGAAAGAGCCUUGCAGGCGCCACAAAAAAGUUUCUGGAGGGGCCAGGCACGACAGAUUUCCUCGUGCGAUCCAAAGCAAGUCUUGCUUCGAAAUAAUCGCCAAUUCAGGUCGGCGUCAACAAUGGCGGCACCCGCAACUCUACCAGCACUGCUGGACUCCCUUACCAAAUCGAUCACCACUACCCUCGACGUAGCGCCGAAACUUGCCAGCGCCGAGCUCCCUAAAGACGGCAUUUCGCUGCUUGACGUCAAGAACGAACUCCUGCUCGCAUAUCUCCAGAACCUCGUGUUCCUCAUCCUCCUCAAACUGCGUCAGGCGAAGAACGGGGGAUCAGACGAUGAAGCGAACGACCAAAGUCUCGACGACCUCGUCGUGUCGAAGCUUGUGGAGCUGAGACUCUACCUCGAGAAGGGGGCGCGACCGUUAGAAGACAAGCUUCGGUUCCAGAUCGACAAGGUGCUUCGCGCAGCCGACGACGCAGAGCGCAAUGCCAAGGCUGAUGAGGAAGCCGCAAAGGCCAAUGGGCAUGGGUCUGAGUCCGACUCCGGCAGCGAGGAAGGCGAAUCAGACGAAGAAGAGGAUGACCAAGACGGUGCCGUGGACGGGCGGAAAAUCGCGGACCUCCAACAUCGUCCCAACCUCGGGGGGUUCCAGCGGCCGGCUGCUGCGGUAUACUCGGGCAAAGAGACGGAUGCCUCUGGGGUUUACCGGCCGCCAAAGAUUGCGCCAGUGGUGAUGCCAACCACCGAGAGGCGCGAGAAGGCCGAGCGCCGGGUGGGCAAGUCCGCCACGCUUGAUGAGUUCAUUGUGGACGAAAUGUCGACCGCCCCCAUCGCCGAGCCCAGUAUCGGUACGACGAUUGUGAACUUUGGCCGCAAGGUCAAGACGGCAUCCGAGCGCCGCAAGGAGGACGAGCGCCGUGAGUUCGAAGAGACGAACUUUGUCCGUCUGCCCAAGGAGAGCAAGAAGGAUCGCGCAAAGAGGGCCAAGCAGGAGGGCGGCAGUCGGCGGAUGAACUUUGGCGGCGAGGAAUGGCGGGACCUCAGCGAGGGUGUGGACCGCAUCAGCCGGUUGACCCAGGGCAAGAGGACAGGAGGCGGCACCAAAGCUUUGUUGGAAAAGAGCCGCAAGCGUGGUAUCGACACCACGGACGGGCCGCGAGGAAAUGGGGCGAACAUGGGCGAGAGGUAUCAAAAGAGGCUCAAGGUUCUGGAGAGUGGCCGUGGCACAAGAGGCAAGGGCCGCUAA